AUGCGCCAAACGCAAUCACAAGCUCGGAGCCAUCAAGGCCAUGGCCAGAGCGCUAGAACCGAAGUAGUAAUCAAUCGCACCUACUUUUUUCAGCCUCAUCGCUAUUAUCGUCACCGAUAUCUUACCUAUCGGGGGAGGAUUGAGGCGGCAACGACCUUCAUGAAGAAAUUCCGUCUCAUCUUCAACGAAACGAAAUCUGAUCUGAAGGACGACUCCAACGACAUAGAGAGCAUCAUCCAAUCAAAUGAGGCAACUGACCAGGAGAAAUCGCUAGCACCUACGCUUGCUGUCCAGAACGCGGCGGAUGACAUGGUCGUCAACGACGUACCCCGUCGCUCCGACCUGGCCGCACAGAUGCAAAAACAGCUCCAAAACUGGGUCGUGAGCGCUGUCCUGACGACAAUCGGCUGUGACAUGGUGGUCGACACCGCCGAAUUGGCCGAUGAUCUUGCCAACCCAAGCGGACUCUGUAAAGCAGAAAACGGCUUCACGAUAGGAGCCAACUGUGCUUUGUUCCGAAUCGGCGGAACAGAUUUCAAGGGAAAUGUGAUUGCCGAUGGCACAAAGGGGAACAACAUCUUCGCACUCUAG